AUGAGCGAAUCCAUACAGCCCAAAGUGCCCAAGUUUAGGCUACGAGGAGGCCUUGUAGUAGUCGAAAACCGUCCUGAAAAAAAUCCAAGAGACGGUUUCUGCAAUUUCUGGCUUGAUACCAAGCAAAGAUUUUGCAAGCUGCCCAUUCUGGUUGCUCCCUACUGCUCAGAGCAUGCGCUUGGCUAUAGUGAUCAGUGCACAAAAAAGUGUAGUGCUCGCCCAAAACCCAGUCCCGAUUAUUAUGAACCAAACAUCAACUGGGGUCAAGGAUACGAGAACGAUCAUGCUGCUCCAGAUCCAGCUGUCCGCGAAGCAUCAAAGACUAUGACGGAAGAGGAAUUUGGUGUCUUUGCUAGAAAGGUGGAACACGCUUAUAACGUGUUGCUUGAGGGACGCGAUCCGCCAAAGCAGGUGCUGGAGUACGAGCCAUUGAAUGCACUGCUACAUCCAAAUCGCAAAUGGAGUAGAAAGCACACACAACAGAUCUUUUCGCUACUCGGCCACAUGAACCGUCGUAACCUGAUACAAGCUGAUUCAACGUGGUUAGAACUAGGAGCAGGACGAGGAGAAUUCUCAUACAUGGUGCUCAAAGCCCUCGCAGAGGCUUCUGGAUCAUUUGUCCUUAUAGAUAGAGGCUCAUUCAAAUUCAAAGAUGACCGGUAUUUUAGGUACUCCACAUCCAGCCUGCAAAGACUAAAGGCCGAUUUAAAAGAUGUCAACUUUGCAAACAUGGAGGCUCUUAAAAGUGGGCGACCCAUCAUCGCAUAUAGUAAACACUUGUGUGGAGUCGCUACAGAUCUCUCGCUACGAGGUCUCAUGGCGUAUGUAGAAGCUCUUGGUCCAGAUCAUAAUCUAGAGGGAAUAGUCAUCGCUUGCUGUUGUCACCAACUUUGUCAGUACAAGACCUUUGUCUUGCCUGAAUUCCUAGAAGAGUUGAGAUUUUCCGGGGCGGAAUAUGAACGUCUACGUCUAGUUACUAGCUGGAGAGUUUGUGGUAGUAAGGAAGAUCGAGAUCCAUGUGAUGCUGCGGAUGCUGAUAGAGACGGUGAAGCUGAUGGUGAUGAUGACAACGAACAGGAUGAUAACGCUCAAGUGUGUCAAGAGCAUUCAUGUGGAGUGGAUCAAGAAGAUGCUACAUCAGGAGCUCAUUGGAGUGGACUCAACAUCAAACAACGGGAGAGACUUGGAUAUCAAGCAAAAAGAAUAAUAGAUAUGGGACGCAUCCGAUACCUCCAACAACACGGGUUUGACGCUGAAUUGGUCGAAUACGCUGAUGUGAGCUCAACACCAGAAAAUAUAUGCAUCAUCGCAACCAGAAGGAAGGAAUCGAAGGAAUAA